AUGUCAGCUCCUGCUGGUCCUCUACUGAAUGGCAUCCUGCCAUCACCCGUGCCAUCCGUCAAUGAAGCGGCGGAGUAUGAGAAGAUACUCAGGAUUCGCGAUGAGGUAUUUUCUGGAAGUCACCCGCGACUGACAGUGCCUGCGCAUGCCAUCAGAGUUCCUUCCUCUCAGACCCCUUCAGCAGUGUCACCAUCUCACUUGAAUGUUCCUCCUCCAUUUCCUUCUAGUGCUUCGCCAAAUCGUCUGGCGGCUACACAGUCCCAGCGUGAAGAAGAUUCUACACGAGUUCCGACCAAAGCAAAUGGCAUGUCUACUGCUUCCAGCCACCCUGCCAGUAAUGUUUCUGAAUUUGACCCUGUCCUUUUGACGAAAUCAGAUGAUCUAGUUCGGGCCGAAACCCAGUUGAAGCGACAGAGACUGGAGAAGGCGUUGAAAGAACAAUUUGAACAAAAGAGAUUGGAUGCCCGCAGAAAACCUGCUCCCUCCGAGGCCAAACCAGACUUCGACCUUCCAGCCAUUCUGGCCCGCGUAUUGGACGCGGCCAAAUCCCCUUUUUCCAAACACGAUGGAGACGCUAGCGAUUCUUUUGACGAAAACUCUUUUUACUCAAGCAGAGCCCCUGAUUCAACACCGGAGCGUGGUCCUCCCAGCCACUCUGCCGAAGACGCUGAUGAGCUGCCGGCGGACGAACCAUCAGGCCCGCGCGUGGUCAGUGCCGUUAUGGGCUCACCCCUGCGUCGUGACCCUGAAGAUGAGAGCUCUACUAACCUUGCGAGACUGCCUGUGUCUGCCGCCGGACCGAUCGCGCCGUCUCAUCCCGCCGACGCGCCUCCAAUGGACUUGGACGAUGAAGAGGAAGAAGGAGAGUACUCGCCCCCGGAAGCCACGGCACAAUAUCCCCCGGUCCAUUCCCAAGCUAUGCAAGACAGCAGAGAUCCACGAAGUCGACCCUUGCGCAGAUACUCGGAACUGGAGGAUCAUGGAAAGAGACUCGUCUCACCAUCCGAGGCCAACAUGCGGAUUGUAAGAAACCAAAUUACCUCUCCCAUUGCCCCUCAACCGUCGCGUGUGUCUCCUCUUGCUGUAGCUAAGGAUGCGCCCUUUUUACAGAAUGCUCGUCCACGGCGGUCCCAACGGAUUGGUAGGCCGGGAUCUCCCCCAAGUCCCGGAGACAGCCAGGCAGGACAGCCGAGAAAAAAGAGAAAGGUGGAAAAGAAAAAGUCCCGACGAAACGGCGGGUUCUCUCCCGAUGCCUUUAUCAAAGAAGAAAACGUGUCGCCUCCACCUUUUCACGAUGUGCAACCACUGGGUUCUGGUCGACUACGCCCGAUGGGCGCAGAUCGACCCAUUGUCAUUGACGACGAACCCGUGGAAGAAGUUCGUUACAUGCCUGCUCCAGAACGGUAUGUGGAAUCUCCUUCACGACCACUCCCACGCCCGGUUGAACAAUUGAUGCCGUUGAGCGAGCCUCGCGCGAUGUCCAGAGCCAGCUUGAGACCGGUGAGAGACGACGAUUUACGCCGAGUAGCCAGUAUGCACAGUUUGCGUGCCGCCGGGGGUCCGCGAGAAUAUGCGGAUCCGUACUACGAAUCCCCUACUCGGGCGAGAGCCACGUCGUAUGCGAGAAUGGGAAGCCCGGCAAUCACGGAUGGAUCACGUCCGUCGCGGGACGUGGCUAUGGAAUACGAGCGACCGAUGCAGGAGGUGAGAGUGGUACGCACCCCAGCUCCCGUUUAUCGCGAAUUGUACGAUGAUGGAGAGCCUCCUUAUCGUUACGCUGCCGAGUCUAUGCCCCCCCCCGCGCCCCUUGAGAGAAUUGUGAUGGAUCGGUACGGCCGGAGAUUCCGCGAAAUCCUUCAACCUGAGCGGACUUCCGUUGUUCCUCGAGCGAUGUCGGUGCGACGUGGUGACACGGACCCGUACGAGAAUUACCGACCGGCCCGCGCAGGGUCGGUGUUCGUGGAUGCGGUGCCAGAGCGAGCCUACGCGUCGGACAUGCCUCCGCCGCAACUUUCAUAUCACCGUUUUGCAGAAGCUCCUCGUAAUUCAGCGGCGCCUGGGCCUGCCACUCGGGAGUACCUGGAGCCAGGAUCAUUACCACGAAGCUCCAGUGUGCAAAUCAUGGAGCGGCCACAACGACCGACAAUGUACGCGGAUGAGCGGCCCGAGUUUCGCGAACCAGUUGUUCGGAUGGGUAGUGUUCGCCCGACAGCAAUUCGAUACGAUGAACCUCCCCCGGUGGAGAUGAUACCGCGUGGACAGAGUGUUCGUCCCGCAUUGCAUGAGGGAAGUGUUUUCCUGGAUGAUAGGAUGCCGGCGGUUCGUGAGUAUGUUCCGGAUGAACAGCCUCGUUACCGCGAGGUGGAGCCCGACCAGCGAUACUUUGACUCUCACGGUCGAGAAAUCAUCCCAGUGGGUGGGUCCAUGGAGGCGAGGCCGAGAGAGAUGGAGAGGUAUUGA